CCAGUGUCACUGUGAAUCUGUAACCAACAUCUUUCUCAAUAUGACUCAAACCAGCAAAAGAAAAAGAAAAGAAAUUCUGAAUUGUGGAUGGACUUCCAUCUUUCUUCCCCUCGGAUUCCCCGUCCUUUCCCAAGUUGUACUAUGUGGCAUACCAUGCUUUAUUCUCAACACUUUAAUGCCUGCCCAUUGCAGUCUGGAGGCCUACCUAUGGAGGAAUGAAAGAAAUAGAAAUUCAGCCAUAUCUUGGAGUAUCCUUAUCCUUGUGCAUUUAAAAUCAGACCCUUAAGAUGAGUUGAAUGCAUUUAAAAUAUUUAAUUUGUCUCUGUUCAUUUUUCUUUUGUAUGACUUUAAAAAUAAAGCUAAUCUCGCAUUAUUCCACAUUUAGUUUUGCUUCCAGGUGCCUCCAUUUCACUCAGAACCCAUAGUAAUUGGAGGACAUAGUGGUGCCUGUUUUAUACGUGCCCCAUUCGUUAGAAGUACGACACUGCAUUCUACAGAGCUGUUGAAGUUCUAUUGGCACCAACAAGAUUUGGCCCAUUACAGUAAUUUCAUAAUACAUAGCAAGUUAUAAAACAUGUUGUCGGAAGUAAUGGUCCUAAGUGCUGUUGAUGUAACUUGGGAGGGACAAUCCAACUCCUGAUGUAGUCAAUGGGAGUCUUUCUAUUGAUUUUAAGGGGAGUUGCAGCAGCCCUUAGUUGCUAAAAAUUAAAAACUGAAAAGUCACGUCUCGCAUCAUAGAUUUAAUGUCCCGCAACUUUUCAGUUCCAAAACCACAUUAGUUCUAGUGAGUGGCACCCAAAAGUGGGACAAGCCAUUCUUUUUAACCAGUCUCAUUUGGAGUAAUAUCACACUGAUCCAAAACACACUCCCAGAUUUCAGCUCUGAGCACGUUUAGAGCAAAUUGGUUUCUUUGCAUUCCUGAUGGUGCACUUGAAGAUUCUGUCUACUUCAAACAACUCCUACUUCUUCAACCCACAAAGCCUGAUGUAACAGCCAUCAUCUUUCUAGACAAGGAUUGCAUGGGACUUCCUUAGGACCCCAUCGACACUGCUUUGGGAGGAAUGUUUGCUGGUGGUCUAAGAGAGAUGGAACAGGAAGAGAUUCGUAUUCAUGGAGUCUCCUUCAAUGCUAUGUGUAAAAUCCUGAACUUCAUAUACACCUCUGAACUGGAACUCAGCCUGAACAAUGUGCAAGAAACGCUAACUGCUGCCUGCCAACUUCAGAUUCCAGAAGUCAUUAAGUUCUGUUGUGAUUUUCUCAUGUCCUGGGUGGAUGAAGAGAACAUCCUGGAUGUAUACAAAUUAGCGGACCUCUUUGACUUGAAUCAGUUGAGUGAGCAGCUGGACUCCUACAUUCUCAAGAACUUUGUAGCUUUCUCAAAGACCGAGAUAUACCGCCAGCUACCCCUGGAGAAGGUCUACUCCCUACUGAGCAGCAACCUCUUGGAGGUCAACUGUGAGAAUGAGGUUUAUGAAGGGGCGCUUCUGUACCAUUACACCCUAGAACAGGUAGAGACAGAUCAGGUCUCACUGAUGGAGCCUCCUAAGCUACUGGAAACAGUCCGCUUCCCCCUGAUGGAGCUCCAGAUCCUGCAAAGGCUCCAUGACAAAUUAAGCCCAUGUCCAUUAAGAGAGACUGUAGCCGAUGCACUAAUGUACCACAAGAAUGAAUGUCUUCAGCCCAUGCUUCAAAGCUCACAGACACAGGUGAGAUCAGAGUUCCACUGUGUAGUGGGCUUUGGAGGGAUGCAUUCUACUCCAUCCACAGCCCUCAGCGACCAAGCCAAGUACUUGAACCCCCUAUUGGGAGAGUGGAGGCACUUUACUGCUGCAUUAGCCCCCAGAAUGUCCAACCAAGGAAUCGCUGUUUUCAACAACUUUGUAUACUUGAUUGGGGGAGAUAACAACGUACGAGGUUUUCGAGCAGAGUCCAGGUGUUGGAGGUACGACCCACGACACAACAAAUGGUUCCAGAUCCAGUCCCUGCAGCAAGAGCAUGCUGACCUCUGUGUCUGUGUUGUGGACAAAUAUAUAUAUGCUGUCGCAGGGCGAGACUAUCAUGAAGACCUAAGGGAGGUAGAGAGGUAUGAUCCAAAAACCAACACGUGGGAAUACAUGGCACCGCUGAGGAAGGAGGUGUACGCACAUGCUGGAGCAGCAUUGGAUGGAAAGAUGUAUAUUACAUGUGGGAGGAGAGGAGAUGAUUAUUUGAAGGAACUACACUGUUAUGAUCCAGGGGCUGAUCGCUGGGACAGCUUAGCUGAUGGUCCAGUCAGACGUGCCUGGCAUGGGAUGGCUGCACUCCUGGGAAAGCUGUACGUGAUUGGAGGUAGCAACAAUGACUCUGGCUAUAGGAGAGAUGUUCACCAGGUUGCCUGCUACAGCACAAGUACUGAUCAAUGGGCAAAUGUGUGCCCUCUACCUGCAGGGCAUGGAGAGCCAGGUAUUGCUGUCUUAGCCAAUAGAAUCUAUGUCUUGGGGGGCAGAUCCCACAAUCGAGGGAUCCGGAUGGACUAUGUCCAUAUUUAUGAAGCUGAGAGAGACUGCUGGGAGGAAGGUCCCCAGUUGGAGGAUGAUAUUUCUGGGAUGGCUGCCUGUGUCCUCACUCUGCCUAGGGCUAUUCUAAUGGAGACAGAGAGGUGGACUCCAGAAUGGAACCCAGACCGACUACAGCAUCACCCAGACUUUGCCUCUGAGGUUAUGAGUGUGUCAGACUGGGAGGAAUUUGAUAAUUCAAGUGAAGAUUAAGGACCUGAGGAUUUUUUUUCAGGGCGGGAAGGAAAUUAAGGCUUGGGGAAAUUGUUUAGAAACUUUUUAAUGUCUUUGGUAUAACAUACGUUGAAUCAAUAUUUAAACAUUUGGAAACUUAAAUGUUCGGUACAAAAGGCCUUCUGCAUUCUCUCUAUUUACCACAAAGCAGCAGUGUGAAAGCAACCAAAGAACUUUUUUUUUUUUUUUUCCCUAAU